AUGGCGGUCGUGGCGGCCUUCCUGCACAGGCAUGGCAUCCAGAUAUUCCCCUACCUGGACUACUGGCUCAUAAAGGGCCACUCCAAGGAGCAGGUAGAGACCCAGGUGCUGUUCAUCAGGCAGACCUUUCUCGAUCUGAGCCCCCUCUUGAACGAUGCCAAAUCCACCCUGUCUCCAACGCAACGCAUAGAGUUCAUAGGAGCGGUUCUGGACUCCACACACGCCAAAGCGUAUCUGCCGAAGUCCAGGUUCCAUGCAAUUUCCGAGCUCAUCCUCGGACUGCACCGCAGCCCGGUUACCACAGCGCAAGUUUGCCUCUGGCUGUUGGGCCACAUGGCGGCAUGCACCUACGAGGUGGUCCACUUCAGAUUCCAGCUUCGCCCGCUGCAGUCCUGGUUGGCGACAGUCUAUUACCCGCCACUCAACUAUGAAAAAAAGAAAUCAUAUACACUUAAUAUAGAAGGAGCAAAUACACACCUGGAUUUCCGUUUUUCACAUUUGGGACCAUUUAAAGAUGUAACAAUGUUGAAGAUCAUUGUUGGGGAUGUAGAUGAACCUCCACUAUUCUCUAUGCCUUCCUAUGUCAUGGAAGUUUAUGAAAAUGCGAAAAUUGGGACUGUUGUUGGUACAGUGGCAGCACACGAUCCUGACAGCACUAACAGCUUAGUAAGAUAUUUCAUUGACCAUAAUACAGAAGAAGAUAGGUAUUUCAUCAUUGAUGCUAACACUGGAACCAUUAAGACUGCCAAGAUCUUUGACAGAGAGGAAACACCUUGGUACAACAUCACAGUUGCUGCUUCUGAGAUAGACAACUUUGGCCUGCUAAGCCAUGUUCCAGUUGAUAUUAGAAUCCUGGAUGUCAACGACAACCCUCCAGAGCUUGCCAGAGAAUAUGAUGUAGUUGUCUGUGAGAAUGCAAAGCCCGGGCAGGUCAUUCAGACUAUCAGUGCCACUGACAAAGAUAACUCUGCAAAUGGACCAAGAUUUCAUUAUUCUCUUGAUGAAGGCCUUUCUUUGAAUCCCAACUUUACCCUAAGGGACAAUGAAGAUAACACAGCCAGUAUCCUGACCAGACGGAGGAGAUUCAGUCGAACUACGCAAGAUGUCUACUACCUCCCGAUUUUGAUUUCUGAUAGUGGAAUUCCUUCUCUCAGCAGCAGCAGCACCCUUACGAUCAGGGUCUGUGCAUGUGAGAGAGAUGGGCGCGUUCGGACUUGCCAUGCCGAAGCUUUCCUUUCCUCGGCCGGUUUGAGCACAGGAGCCUUAAUUGCAAUUCUGCUCUGUGUCGUCAUUCUUCUGGCAAUUGUGGUCCUUUUCAUUACAUUAAGACGCAGCAAAAAGGAGCCCCUGAUCAUUUCCGAGGAGGAUGUUCGGGAAAACGUUGUCACGUAUGAUGACGAAGGUGGUGGAGAGGAGGACACUGAAGCAUUUGACAUCACAGCCCUGCGGAACCCAUCAGCUGCUGAGGAGCUGAAGUAUCGGAGGGAUGUGCGUCCUGACGUGAACCACGCACCUAGGCACCAGCUUUCUUCAAGCCUGAACAGUAUAGAUGUUCAUGAAUUUAUUAAACAAAGAUUGGCAGAGGCAGAUCUCGAUCCCAGUGUGCCUCCCUACGACUCCAUACAAACAUAUGCGUAUGAGGGUCAUAGAUCAGAAGCCGGAUCUAUCAGCUCUCUGGAUUCAGUCACUACACACUCUGACCAGGAUUAUAAUUACCUUGGUGACUGGGGACCAGAGUUUAAGAAGUUAGCUGAACUCUAUGGAGAAAUAGAAUCAGAAAGAACAACUUAGUUACCAUUCCUGGAACAAAAAGUGUUUUAGUUCCCAAAUUGGAGAGAGAACCACAGCGGCAGUAACAAGAAACGAAUACAAUACUUGGAACUGAGCAAGUUGUACACAGGUACUGUAGAAACAAGUGCCCUUUUCAUAUUUGAAACUGGGUUCUUCAACUGGAAGAAAAUCAAAUUUUGAAAAAUACAGGAAAAAAAAGAAACAAUUGUCCUUUGUGUAUAUUUUUUAAUUGCUCAAUAAAGUCUGUGAUACCAUAUCCAUAACAAUAUCUAAAAUAAAUGAAGCAAUGACAUUUUUAUUGCAAUAUGUUUAAACAUACCAGAAAAACAGUAAGUCUAUGGUGGUACCUGUUUGUGAAGAUAGUUCACUGGAGAGCUUAUGCAGGCAGUUGUGACAUUGCACUUCUAACUCUGCACUAGGCUUGGGAUCCCAAACUGAGAUAACUAAUGGGGGUCAUUACUGCUGUAAUAAACACCAACAAUCCAUUCC